AUGACCUCGCUUGCGGGGGUCGCGUACUUUGAUGGCGCGGCUCGGAAAGACCCGCAUUGUGGCGGUAGUGGCUCGCUCGUCUUUUUGACCGAGCCGCCCCAGAGCGCGUUAGCUCAGCGACUGGCAGUGACGCAUCUCACGGUGCGCGGCGACAGCAUGCUGCUGAUGCAGCAGAUGAAGGGCAUCUACCGGGUCCAAGAGGCCCGUUUGCAGAAGCUGCAUGUCCAGGCGCGGGAGCUCGCGGCAUGUUUUACGUGCACAUGGGAACACCACCCUCGCGAGUUCAACCAAGCCACGGACCAUUUGUCCAAGCUCGCACCCGACGACUGCACCUCGUACGCGCAUCCCGACGACGGACGGCACGAUGUACUGCCGGCCGAGGAACUCCUGCGCGUUGAAGAGCUUUUGGCCGCCGACGUUCAACACACAACUAGUACGUAAGUUUUAGUAGGUGGAGUCUUUAGUCUGUAUAAAGAUUUCAAUCCAUAUCAUAUCAUAUCA